CGUAGGUGUCACUGUGGAUCAAACAAACAAUGAGCUCGUUCUUCAGAACCAUCAGUGCGUUCACCUCACGCUGCUCGUCGAGCAGCCCUUUCACAAAACAGCUGUACGGCCAAACCUUUGGCAUUAUACAGCCAACGCUUGCCCGUGGAUUCAAGGUGAGAACCUCUGUUAAGAAGCUAUGCAAUGACUGUUAUGUCGUUAGAAGAAAAGGCAAGGUCUAUGUGUAUUGCAAGACCAACAAGAAGCACAAACAACGCCAAGGUUAGACGAGUUGAUAUACGCUUCUCCUGUGCUGGGAGGGAAGCAAGUGGAGGGAAGCAAGUG